AAUUGGUCCUAAAGUAUAACGAAUGGUAUGAAUGAACUAUUUUCCAAAGUUGAGGGGUAAUGUUGGCCCUUUUCCGUUGUUAAAAACUUACUUUUCCAUCCUGAUUGGAGGAUCUUUAAAUGGUCAAUUAGGAACAGGAUGUCUUCUAGUUGAUCAUGGUGUGACAUGUCCCAGUAGUAAUUUUUGAGACGAGAAUUAUAUUAUAUGCAAAAAGGAGAUGAGAUAGCGAUGGACAUUAUGGAAUUUUUUUAAUGGAAGUCAUUUGUGAUUCAAUAUGCCUGGUUAGAAGUUCAAGAAACAUCAUAAACAAAUACGGGAGAGUGGAUCACCUUGAUGUAUUCCUAGGGUAGGGGUACAAAAAAAAAAAAAAAAGGUGUACGUGUGCCUAUUAAUUGAAUGGCUAUGCUAGUAGUUGUUACACAGGACAUGAUAAGAGCUAUAAGAGACAAUAUAUGGAAAUAUUGUAAAGUCAUGUGAAUAACAGACCAUUCAAGUUCGAAAGCCUUUUCGAGGUCUAACUUUAGAAGCAUAUUAGAAACAUUUACAGAUUUUUAGUUCUUAGGAAACUAACUGUUUCUUGGACAAUUAUGGCGUUGUCACAAGCUCUCUUACUCUUUCGGAAGCUUUUUUGGGUAGGGCUAAUGAUUGUAGCAAGGUAAGGAUUCAGAUGAUUGACUAUUGUCUUAGUAAUAAUUUUAUAAACAGUAUUACAUAGGUCGGUAUUGGCUAAUCAUACGAGCAUUAGCAACCUUAGGAAUUAGCACUGAUGAGUUCAAUUAACAAUAGGAGGAAUAGCACUGUCCCUGUAUACUUGUUGGCAAAAAGAGGUAACUGAAAGCCCUAUAUUUUUCCAAUAUUUUUGAUAGAAACAACGAUGUAAACCAUCGGGGCUCAGGGCCUUUAGCGGCUUAAAGACUUGAGUGCAGUAGCAAUCUCAAUUCCAGAGAGUGGGCAGUUGAGAGUCGAUAUGUCAGCGUCAGAAAAAAUAUUUGGCAAUGGGGGUAGUAAGGAAGUGUUGGACAUAUGGUUGGCAUGGUUGGUGAAAAGAUUUUGGAAAUGGUCAAGAAUGAAAGUGUGAAUUUCAUUUUGAUUAGAGAUCCAUUCUCCAGAUUGUGUUUUUAGAGUUAAUAUGUGAUUUCGCCUUCGUCAUUGUAGGGUCGAUAAAUGGAAAAAUUUAGUGUUUGUGUCACCUUCGUUUAGCCAAGUGAUACGCGAUUUAAGUUUCCGAGUCUUCUUCUAACUUAAAUAGAUUAUUUUAUUCAGCAGUAAGAAUCCUUUCAAGAUUGUGAAGAAAAAGCCUGGUAGGGUAAUGAAUUGAACUCUGGUACCAGUGAGACGUCGAAGUAGAGUUAUCGUUUGGUGAAAAAAUUUCCCAAAGGAAGAUUUAUUUUGAUGGGUUUACUUCGUCACUAAAUUAUCUGCUGCAUCUUUUGUUUAGACUCCCAGGAUUUAUGAACAAUAUUUUCAAGAUCUGGAUGAGAAGUCCAUAUAGUCUCAAAACUUUAGCUCUCGGCAGGAGAGAUGGAGCGGUUGAUAAGAGGGGUUUGGGUACAAGGUCAAGUUCAUUGGCAUAAUCUGUUUGCUCAAGCACUAUUAGGUGAUGUAAAUAAUUACGAAAAUAUAUGUUUGUGCUUUUGGUGGUAUAUUGCUUGCUUUUCAUCAAAACGAUAUUCUAGCACUUGGAUUACAUGACAUGUAGAAUGGCUUCGUUAGUUCAUGUCAAUUUCGUCUAUUAUAAAGCUGCUUAUUUGGUUUUCCUAUAAGCCCCCAUUUAGACAAAUAGACUUGCAUCAACUAACUGCCUAUUCCUUGUUUGUUUUGACAGGGUUUUGCGCAUUCAGAUACUUCAACAUCCCAUCCGAGGACUCGCACUUAUUUGAAGGUAAAUUUGAAGGCAGUCAUGGAUCAGUAUAAGUUUAGGACUACAACGCCAAGGUCUCCAGUUCGAACUGUUAAGGCGUCGCAAUCUUCGAUUACUACUCAUGACUUUCCUGCUCAUCUUAUUUCUGGAAUUUCUAAAGCAAAAAAAGAAAAGGUUGAUGACUCCAUGCAUCAAUCUAUUCUAACAAACCAUGGUGCCUUGGGUGUUGGAAAUCAGAAGCAGGAGCAACACAUUCAAACAGCUCCUUCUUACCCUGAAGUUGUAGUCGAGAACAAUGCGACAGUAAGUAAGGCUGAUGUUGUGUUCAAUGCUAAUGCGACAAAAUCAGAAACCAGAAGUGAACAGAGUGGUGCAGGUCCAACAAAAUCCAUGAGUCUCAACCUUACAAAGGUAGCUGCACUAAUGAAUGACUAUUCUUCUGAUGAUGCUGAUGAGGUUGAAUCAAGACCUGGUGACCUGUCAGUCAUGGUUGAUAGGUAUACAGUUAAGAAGGAAGCAGCACCGGUCCUGGAGAAGAUUUUCCAUAAGUAUGGAGAUAUUGCGAGGAAUAGUUCUUUUACUUCGGUGAAUUUUUGUUCAUCACUCUUGGAACUUGUUUGCGACAUCUAUAACAGAUUGGAGGAAACAAAUUUGCAAAGCAUAACCUAAGUUAGAGAUCUCGAGUCUGUCAAAUUAGAGGUCUGGUGGCUCCAUCGAAGGUUGAAUGAUAUCUCUGAGUCCAAGCAACUAGGCAAGGACAGUCCAGGAACCUUGUGGUGAUGGAGAUUAACAAGAAGGGACUGGAAGAAUUGAACAAAGAGUUGGCCGCUUGCAAUAUUGCAACAUACCACGCUUUGCAAGAAAGAAUCCAAAAAACAGAAGAUGAGUUUCCCAUUGCCCUUUCUGAGAACGAAAAGAUAAUGCAGGACUUUGCACAUUUGAAGGCCAAGGUGGAAGGUUUUCUCAUGAAGUCUUUGGUCCAUGACCUUCUUUGAGCUGCCUGGUGACCCUAUGAAUGGUUUUGUCACUACUUUUUAAUCCCCUUUGCUUGUACUAGGAGUCUUAUUACCCUUGAAUCAUUAGGCCCUAUCUGCAUAUGAGUUGCAGAAGAACUGAAACAGAAAAAGAAUGACCAGUUUUAUUUGCCGCCGAGGAGUGGAAUGAGCAUAGAUGUAGAAACUCUUUUAGCAGCUGCAUUGCUCUUCAAUUAAGAGAACAAAUUUAAUUAUUUGAGUUCUUUUCUCCUUAUGCUUCAUUAUUUCAUGCAACUUAUCUGUCG